GCUCCAAAACAGGGGUCCCGAUGAAGCACUUCAGCGUGAUGUCAGGGCUAAGCCCUCCCUCCUGUCUUCAUACAAGGUUGAGAGGAGCUCCAAAGAGAGGAUCCAGGCUCACUGAAUCCAAAAGACUUCCACAAGACCCAUCCAUCAGCAUCCUGAUCUCAGGCUUUACACGACUAGAUCAAUACUGGAGACAAACAUGGAUGCAUCACUAAGCAGCAAAGAACUGGCCUCUAUUGAGGAUGAAGAGGUGCUCAAUAAGAUGCUGGACACUGCAACAGAUUUUGAGGAGAGGCGGAUGAUUCGUGCUGCACUGAGAGACCUUCUCAAGAAAAAGAGAGAAAAACGUGAGCAAGAACGAGGGUCAAGGCAGCAGGACCUGAGGCAGCAGGGCCUGGGCAAAGCUGGAGCUGGUACAGCUUCCAUGAACCAGCAGCCAACAACACACAUGUCAACUACCCAGCAGUCUCCAUCUUCCUCCACUUCCUGCAGCAAGACCUCAGGCAGCAGGGCCAGCACUGCUGCAGCCUCAUCCCAGAAAUGUCCUUCUGCAGCGCCCAAUGCCAAAAAUGUCAAACAGAUGCUUCUGGACUGGUGCAGGGCCAAAACAGAGCCAUAUGAGGGAGUGGACAUUCAGAACUUCUCCUCCAGCUGGAAAGAUGGCAUAGCGUUCUGCGCUCUGGUGCACCGAUUCUUCCCUGAUGCAUUUGAAUACUCCAUCCUCAACCCUAACAAACCCAGGGACAACUUCCAGCUGGCUUUCAGCACUGCAGAGAAGAUGGCAGGAUGCCCCCCUCUGCUGGAUGCUGAUGAUUUGGUCCGGAUGCAAGAGCCUGAUUGGAAAUGCGUGUACACAUACAUCCAGGAGUUUUACCGCUGCCUCGUUGAAAAAGGUCUGGUUAAAACCAAAAAGAGGCCAUAGACUGCAGCAAAUCCAGAAUUCAGAAAUGUUUGGAUUCCCCCCAACAUGAUUUCAAGCACUUUCAUGAGCGGAAGUUCAAAAGAUGUCAUGCAAAAUUUAAAUUUAGUAUAUGAAUAAAGACAUGUAUGCUCUUUGAUGUC